GUCCCUAGUGGUGGGAGUGCUGUACCUCUUCGUCGGCCAAAUACGAAAGCCUGUCGACUCUCAAGAAGACAUAGUUCUUCAUCAUAAUCACCCCUUUUUUCUUUUCACUUUCAGAAACGUACGGCAGGCAUUUAUCACUCCAACGUUGAACGCCUCGACGGCCGUAAAAAGAAGAGGGUGAAACACAAUGGGAGACGGAGGUACGAUGAGAUGCUUUCUGGCGGGACCUCCACCUCGUUCAGCCCGGUCAGUACAGUCCCACUGUCAGUGUUUUCAUGGUGGAGAGAAAAAAGCUGAUGAUUCCGUAACCAGCCUUCAAAGCCCACCUCCCACUCACCCCACACUCUUGAGACUUGCUGUGAUUUUCUUGAUUCUGACUGACCCGGAUCCGGGGAAAUGGACUCCGACCUGCCGGAGCAGUACGGGAGAUGCGCAAGAACCGGCACGCCGAACUGGCGGUGCAAGGAGAGAGCCGUGAGUGGGCAGAAGUUGUGUGAGAAGCAUUUGCUGUAUUACGCCAAGAUGCAGAGGAGCGCUCGCGCGACCGGUACUUGUGCAAGUGCUGGAGCCAAAGGGAGGAGGGAGAAAUCUUCCGGUGACGUCUCCGAGGUGGGCUGCUGGAGAAGGGUGCCGGAGGUGGGAAGUGGUGAAGGGUCUUGUGGUGAUGGUGGUGACGGUGAGAGCAAGAGAGACGGUGGUCCGCGGAAGAGAGGGAGGCCAAAAGGAUCAACGAACAAGAAGAGAGUUGGUGAUGGGACUGGGAAGGAGGUGGCGUCAGUCAGCGAUGGGAAUGAGAGCUUGUGUCCAAAAGCAAAGAGAGGAAGGCCAAAAGGUUCAAAGGACAAGAAGAAGGGGGCAAGUGUUGGAAUUGCAGAGGAUCAAGCAGUUUCUGGGCUUGAGACUCUGUGUGUUAACAAUGUGGGUCAUGAGGGAGUUAGUGGAGCGAAUGGAGAGAUAACUGAGAACGGGCAGUGCAAAAACAUGAUUUUAACGCGGAAGCGUGGUAGGCCGAAGGGCUCGAAGAAAUGGAAACCGGCCACUCAUAAAAGUAGAAAAAACCAGGAAACUGCUCCUAGGGAUGAUGAGUUGUUUUGGGUUAAUAAUGCGGGUCAUGAGAAAGAUGAAAGAGUGCUUGGAGAAAACGAAGAGGAAAAAGUUGAGGUGGUACGACGAAAGCGCGGUCGGCCGAAGGGUUCGAAGUGUCGGAAUUGUGCUACUGCUAAAAACCAAGUGGUUUCUGAGGAUGGUGCUAAUGUGGGUUAUGCAGUGGGCAUUGAGCAUGGAGAGGGGAAGAAUGGGAUUUUACAAGGCCGACCCAAGGGGCCGAAGAAUCGGCAAUUAGCUACUGCUGAUGGAGAAUUGGAAGGCAAGAAUGGAGAUUUCCUGGGAAAUGGUCAUCCUGGGUUUGAGACAUUGAAGCCUAAAAGGGGCAGAGGCAGACCAAAGGGUUCAACAAAGAAGAAGACUCUGUUACUUGAGAAAGCUUCGUCUUCUCACAGCACAGAGAGGGUAGUCAAACGGAUGAAUAGAGAAAGAAUGAUCAAGAUUAUUAGUGGCAGGAGAGUUGGAAAUUCAAGAUCAUCAUAUCAUUGGAGUCGGAAAAUGGAGCAGAGGAGUUCAAUGUGUCAUCAGUGCUUGAGGAGUCACAGAAGUGGGGUUGUAAUUUGUUCCAGAUGCAAGAGAAAGCGCUAUUGCUAUGACUGCCUUGACAAGUGGUACCCGGGGAAAAGUAAACAAGACAUGGAGAUGGAAUGCCCAUUUUGCCGCGGCCAUUGCAACUGUAGAAGAUGCCUCAGGAAAGAUUCAGUUCUUAGGGCAGAGGAGGACAAAGAGGAUAGUUUGAUGAAGCUGCAGAAGUUGCUUUACAUGCUCGACAAAACUUUGCCUCUCCUCAGGCAUAUGCAACAGGAGCAAGUCUCUGAAUUGGGUGCAGAGGCUAGAAUCUGUGGAAAUCAAGUGGUGGAGGAAGAUAUACCAAAGUCUCUACUGGAUGACGACGAUCGAGUGUACUGUGACAACUGCAAUACGUCCAUCAUCAAUUUCUACAGAAGCUGCCCCAACCCUGUUUGCUCAUAUGAUCUGUGUCUAACUUGCUGUUCGGAGCUGAGAAGACUUGAUGAGGCAGAAUCAACUGAAUUAGAAAGAUUGCAGAGUGAAGGUACGGAGUUGGAUGUCCAGAUACCAUCUGUGAAAGGGGAACAUGGUCAAGAGAGCAAAUUGACCUCCUCACUGAACAAUUAUGCUGGCAAUACAAAAUUUGACUUUCAUAAUUGGAGAGCAGAAACUGAUGGUUCGAUCCAUUGUCCUUCCAAAGCACAGGGAGGUUGCGGUAGUGGAAUUCUUGAAUUGAGACGGAUCUUUGAUGCAAAUUUUAUAGACAAAAUAAUAGACAAUGCGCAUAAGCUGAUGCUACAUUACGAGUCCCCAGAGACCAAACUUUCCCAAGGAUGUAUUUUGUGCUAUUCCACUGAUUCUACAUUAAGUGGGAAACUCGAAAGAAGACAAGCAGCUCACCGGGAGAACAGUCAUGAUAACUGUUUGUACUGUCCUGAUGCUCUUCACUUGAAAGAUGAUGGAUAUAAGCAUUUUCAAACUCAUUGGAUCAAAGGUGAGCCUGUCAUUGUUAGAAAUCUACUACAAAAAGCGUCUGGACUAAGUUGGGAGCCGAUGGUAAUGUGGAGGGCGUUUAGGGGUGCGCAGAAGGUAUUGAAGGAGGAUGCUCAUGUUGUUAAGGCCAUUGAUUGCCUGGAUUGGUGUGAGGUUGGAAUCAACAUUUUUCAGUUCUUCAAGGGCUACCUAGAGGGCCGCAGGUAUAAAAAUGGGUGGCCAGAGAUGUUGAAAUUGAAGGAUUGGCCACCGUCGAAUUCAUUUGACGAGUGUUUGCCGAGGCAUGGGACCGAAUUCAUUGCAAUGCUUCCUUACAUGGAUUAUACUCAUCCAAGAUCUGGUCUUUUGAACCUUGCCACGAAGCUUCCCGCAUUUGUGAAGCCUGACUUGGGACCUAAAACAUUUAUUGCCUAUGGAUUUUCGAAAGAGCUUGGAAGAGGUGAUUCAGUUACAAAGCUUCACUGUGACGUUUCUGAUGCGAUCAAUGUAUUGACGCAUACUACCAAAGUAAAUAUAGCUCAAUGGCAGCAUAGAGCCAUAAACAUUCUCCAGAAGAGACAUGAAGCAGAAGGCCCUGAUGACCUUGUUAACUGGAUGCAAAAUAACUUGGCUACAUCUAAAAGAGACACAUUAAGUGCUCAUACUAGUGAUCCUGGUGUCCAUGACUCACUCUCCUCGUCUGAGCUAAAUGAGGGUGAGGAGCCACAUGAUAAGGUCAGUAAAAGCGCAUCAGAAUUGGUUUUUCUGGAGGAUGAGAUGAGAGAUGCAUGUUUGAAGCCAAACUUGAGCAUUACUGAAGAAAUUAUUCAAGACGAUGAUUUGGAUGUAUCGUUUGGAGGUGCUGUUUGGGAUAUUUUCCGUCGGCAGGACGUCCCCAAGCUAGUCGAGUACUUGCAAAGACAUUGGAAAGAAUUUCGCCACAUCAACAAUCUACCCGUCGAAUCUGUUAUUCAUCCGAUACAUGACCAAACACUUUACUUAACCGAGAGGCACAAGAAGCAACUGAAAGAGGAAUACAAUGUUGAACCUUGGACGUUUGAGCAACAACUUGGUGAGGCUGUUCUCAUUCCUGCAGGAUGUCCACAUCAAGUGAGAAACAGACAGUCGUGUAUCAAAGUGGCCCUCGACUUCGUAUCCCCUGAAAAUGUUCAAGAAUGCGUAAGAUUAACUGAAGAAUUCCGCAAGCUUCCGAGAGACCACAGAGCUAAGGAAGACAAACUGGAGGUUAAAAAGAUGGCGAUCUAUUCAGCAAGUUAUGCUGUACGUGAGGCCCAAGUUCUGACAGCUGAACUUAACCAGAAUCAGUGUAGCUCUUGACCUCAGCACAUUCUUGUAACAUGAUUGUCAUAUUCAAAGUCGUUUGCUGUACUCUUCGAAGCCGAUACUUCCAGUAUUGCUCCCUGAAUUUUUCCUCAGCCCCCUCAUAGUCUUGUAGUUCAGCUGACUGAGACGAGAGACAACGAAGCAACUAUCUGUCGGACGGGGCUCCAUCCUAAGCAGUGUUAGAGAAAGGGAUUUGUUGUAAAUAUCUGGAUGUCGAGACAUCGAAGGUCUGGUAACUGGCCGAUGCCCCAUUGACGAUCGAGAGAUUAUAUUCAUGUAACCUGUUGACAUUCUUUGUUCGAAGUUAGCUUGUAAUCUGUAACUAGUAGAAGGUGAAAGUGGCAUAUGCAGGAUGUGUAGUGUACACCACCUACUUUCGCUUGUGCUAGGCUAAAGCUGCUCCCAUUCCAUAUG